UGCACUUCACCUCCUGCAGAGCACAUCAAGAAUCACAGCAAAGUGCUGAGUGCUGUAGCUGCAACCUGCUGGGACGGACGACUUUGGAUCGUGAGCCAUGGCCUCCCUGCAGACCUUGACCAAGAGCUUCUCAGGAUGGGUUGUCUUCUGCUGCUGUUGUUGUCUCCCUCUUCUUCUCACCAGCCCUCUGCCUCCAAAGGGGGCAGGGGUGGCUCCUACCACCCAUCAUGCCUGCAGGCUCAGGAAGAUCAACUUCCAGCAGCCCUACAUCAGGAAUCGCACCUACACCUUGGCUAAAAUGGCCAGGGUCUCAGACCAGGACACGGACAACAGGCUCAUUGGGCAGCAGCUCUAUGUUAACAUCAAGGAAAACAACCGCUGCUACAUGAUGAAGAGGAUUGUGGAGAUUGUUGUGAAAGAUGUCCUCCUCACCGGGGCCAAGGAUCAGUACCCGUACGCUGAAGAGGUAGCACAGUUCUUGGCAUCCCUGACCUCGGAGCUGAGCAGAUGUAAAUUCUCGGGACACAGAGAGCAUAUUGAAAAGAACCUGGAAGAAAUGAAAAGCAAAAUGCAACAGUUGGGAGAGAAUGGAAAGACUAAAGCCAUUGGAGAACUGGAUUUACUGUUUGACUACAUAGAAAAUGCCUGUACUGAUACCCCAAAGAAGGGAGGGAACAAGAAGAAAAACUGAAGGAAUUUCAGGUCAUGCUUGAAGAGAUGGCUUUGAAUAACUCUUGCUGUAACUCGAAUUGAUUAACUAUUGCAGAAAAAAACCCCUCACCCAUACAUGCAGUAUGUUUUUCACUUGUGCCAAAAAUAGAAAACUAAGUGGGCACAGACAGGAUGCAUAUUGCUGCCUUCUUUGAAAAUGAAAACUCCAGGACAGUGUUUGUGCAGCUCCAUUUCAACACAGGGCAUUAGUUAUUUUCAAAAGCAUGCUCCUGUCCUCAUCUUCAUAGGAAUAGGAACUGUUUCUGUAUUUUAUAUGCUGCGACACCUAUGAAUCAGCUUUGGUGAAGGUAGGCUGUGGUACAUAGCCAGGGUGUUUUGAGCCUUUUACUUGGAAAAUUCUCUUGAAUAUGUUGCCCCCUUCUGACCUUUACCUGAAAAGUUGGUAUUUCAGACCAAUUUAGAAAUAAUUUUUGUCAUUCAUAUUUAAUGGUAACUUAUUUUAAGGUAAUAAUUAUACAGUACUUUUAUUUAUAUAUAUUAAUUGAAAAAUAUCCAAGGAAAUGUAUUUA